GGGCGGCCGGCGUGACGCGGCGGGAUUAACUUUGCAUGGCUAAUGCGAACACCACGGCGGAGGCCACCGGCUGCUCGGCCGCAGCUCGCCCGCACGCCGCCUCGGGGCGCCACCGCCAGGCUCCAGCGCUCCGAUCUGCAGUUUCCCUCUCAUCAAAGGACCUGCAUGGUAGCACCACGUUCCACACAUGACUUAAUGAAUUAGAAGGAAAUGCCAGUGUAGAAGAGGACCCAGCAUGACUACUAACCUGUGACUCCUAACAGUAUGACAGCAGUCCUGAGCAGAUGAAGAGCACGAUCCUCUCCAAGGGACCUGCAGUGAUGAGACACACCUAUGGCUUUGGAUAAGAAAGCUGGAAUCUGCUAAGGAAAAAAUGGCCUUCCAGCCUGGGACAAACAGAAGCCCCGUCCAGACCGAGGACAGGACUGGAAGCUGGUAGGAAUGUCCGAAGGCUGCCUGGACAGGAAGAGCCAUGUGGAGAGGCGUGGUGCACUAAAGAAUGAGCAGACAUCCCCACACCUCAUCCAGGCCACUUGGACCAGUUCUAUAUUUCGUCUUGAUCCUGAUGGUGUGAAUGAUCAGAGUGUCUCAAGCGCCCAGUCCUUCCAGACUGAAGAGAAGAAAUGUAAAGGGUACAUCCCCAGCUAUUUAGACAAGGAUGAGCUCUGUGUAGUGUGUGGGGACAAGGCCACAGGGUACCACUACCGCUGCAUCACCUGUGAAGGCUGCAAGGGUUUCUUUAGAAGAACCAUUCAGAAAAGUCUCCAUCCAUCUUAUUCCUGUAAAUAUGAAGGAAAAUGCAUCAUAGACAAAGUCACUCGCAACCAGUGCCAGGAAUGUCGCUUUAAGAAAUGCAUCUAUGUUGGCAUGGCAACAGACUUGGUGCUGGAUGACAGCAAGAGGCUAGCCAAGCGGAAGCUGAUAGAGGAGAACCGUGAGAAAAGGCGGCGGGAGGAGCUGCAGAAAUCAAUUGGGCACAAGCCAGAGCCCACGGAUGAGGAGUGGGAGCUCAUCAAAACAGUCACCGAGGCCCAUGUGGCCACUAAUGCCCAGGGCAGCCACUGGAAGCAGAAGCGGAAAUUUCUGCCAGAAGACAUCGGACAAGCACCCAUCGUGAAUGCCCCAGAAGGUGGCAAGGUUGACCUGGAAGCCUUCAGCCAUUUUACAAAGAUCAUCACACCAGCAAUCACCAGAGUGGUGGAUUUUGCCAAAAAGUUGCCCAUGUUUUGUGAGCUGCCGUGUGAAGAUCAGAUCAUCCUCCUCAAAGGCUGCUGCAUGGAGAUCAUGUCCCUUCGAGCCGCUGUGCGCUAUGACCCAGAGAGCGAGACUCUAACCUUGAAUGGGGAAAUGGCAGUGACACGGGGCCAGCUGAAAAAUGGGGGUCUUGGGGUGGUGUCAGAUGCCAUCUUUGACCUGGGCAUGUCACUGUCAUCUUUCAACCUGGAUGACACAGAAGUUGCCCUGCUUCAGGCCGUCCUGCUGAUGUCUUCAGAUCGCCCAGGGCUGGCCUGUGUUGAGAGAAUCGAGAAAUACCAAGACAGUUUCCUGUUGGCCUUUGAACACUAUAUCAAUUACCGAAAACACCAUGUGACACACUUUUGGCCCAAACUCCUGAUGAAGGUGACAGACCUUCGGAUGAUUGGAGCCUGCCACGCCAGCCGCUUCCUUCACAUGAAGGUGGAGUGCCCAACGGAGCUCUUUCCCCCUCUCUUCUUGGAAGUAUUCGAGGACUAAGUGGACAGGUUCUUGUCAUUCCUGCAGCGCUACUGGGUGUCAUUUCAUUCCACCUCUCGCUCUUUCUGUUCUUGUUUCUGUUUCUUUGUGUCGGGUUGGAUCAUCAGGGGGUCAACAGGUCAUCAAUGGCAUAGACUUGGAUGAAAUUGUCAUUUGAAUGUGGGUCUUUGUUACUAUUGCAUUUUGUUCUCCAGUCCUUAGUGUGAUGCGUUGAAGGGUUUACAGCAGUGGAGGUUGAGUGGGGGACAUUCAUUAUUUCACCAGCACCAAGCCAUCACCAGCUCCCCUCUGUCCCUGGUCAGACUCAAGCAAGCCAUAUGGCACUGCAGAAGACUAAAGAAGCCUUAAAACCAAGACCACAGUCAUCUUGAUCCAACAUGAUCCAGUUCUGAUGUUUGCAGGGUGAAGCUGGCAGGGCCCAGGCCACCUCCGGGCCAGGGUGGCUUUCAGCGUGUAAGGGGAAAGAACAGUUUCUACUCAGGAGCUCACAGUUUCCAGGACCCUUACUCUCCAAGCACUGUAACUUGGAAUGUGUGGGUAUUCGAUAACCAGUCAGCUUUCCUUUCCAUGGCCUUUUGUAACUUUGUGAUUUACUUCGUUUCACUAGUGUGACUUGAUGACAUGCAGGUAUUUGACUGGCUUGAGGCCACAGGAAAGCCUUUUUCUCAGCAUGCCCAUGGAGCUUGGAAUUCUUCAUCAAUCUUACAAGCAUAGUUUCCAAAGUGCAAGUGGUAUUACCUCGAGCAGGAAGACACCUCACAGCUUAGAUAGAUUCACAAGCCAUUCCCACAAAGCUCAAACCUGUUUACAGAAUGCUGUCCCUUUUUGAUGGUCUGAAGCAGUCCUCCCCGGUCACAAAGGUCUUAGGCUGGGUCUGCUGGCUGCUGAUGUUUCCCUGUGGGUUGGAUCUUCUGAUCAGGGAGAUGUUAAAAUUCCAGUCUUGUUUGGAAGAAUCCCUGGAAAAGAUCAGUGCAGGAGCAAUAUGAGUCAAAGGCAAACUGCUACUCAUGGGCGUAGGAUGUCCAAUGAGGGAGGAUGCUUCCCUUGGUCUUCACUUAUUCACAGACAUCUCCCAGUCCUCAUCCCAGUCCUCGUCCCAGUCCUCGUCCCAGUCCUCGUCCUCCCCCACCUCCCCACAGUCUGUGGCACUAAACAGCUUGACUUUCUGAACACCAACUCUUUCAUAGCUCACCAUUGCCCUGGCAAAAACUCAUAAAACACCACAGACCGUGCAUAGGAAGUGCCGAUACCAUCUGCCUAGCCUACCCCCACUGACAGUGUAGAGUAGAUGUUCCUGAGAAACGAGAAGUGACAACUUACCCGAAAAUGGGCAAAGAAUGUACCCGUGCAACUGAAUGUACCCAUUCUUCACUGACAUCGCGGAUGUGAACAAACCCUUGCCUGCCUUUCACUGCCUUAGCCUGGAAUGCUGGGAAAACAAGCCAUAUCAGCGAGAGGCACCUGAAAACAAAGGAAGUCACUGUGAAAAGCAAGGAAGUUCAUUUGUUUUCACUGGGCUUGGAGGAGCACACUUUGGCCUCACUGGGCGCCAGGGUGCCUAGGUUCUAGUUUGUGCUCUGUGGCCUGGUCAAUUUAGGACAGUACAGUUUCAGUUUUCUUACCUGGUGAAUAAGUUGAUCUCCAAAAAUCCCUUUUAUCUUCUCUAGUGUAUGACUUCCCAGUAAAAGGGGGUGGGGGAGUAAAGAUUCCUUUCAUAUUCAAAUUUGGAGCUUUAUCAGACAAAAAGCAAGGCCCAUUUAAGUUUAAGUUAAGCAGUGUAUCUGGGAUCAGAGUCAACAUGAGGGUUUGAUCCAGAAGAAAGCAGAGUAGCCUUGGACGAAUAGGGGCACUGCCAGGAAAGCCCAAGAACCAGUGGAAAUAACCUUGAAGGAGGUAUGUGUACUAACGCAGUUAGCCUGACUUCCCAGAUAAAGGAGACAAGAAUACCACUGUGGACACACCGCUGUAGACUUGGUGUCCCAAUUAAAAUAGAAGCAAGAAGCCCCAUAGAUUCAUGUUCAACCAUCAGUCAAGGGUUUGCUGUCUCUGGAAGCCUGUGCAGCCUCCUCCCUCGUGAUCUUCAGUAGACCUCUGUCCCCUGUCAGCUCUCCUGGAGGACCUCGGUCCUGACAGUACAAACAGGCUUGCUGUAAGGCCAGUUCUCCUUCCAAAGAGAGAGGGAGGCAGGUGAGUCCUGUGCAGGCCUACAGGUGCCUGCGCACCAGGUUCUAAGGAUGUUUCCGAAGGAUAUCAGCACCCGGGUUCCAGCAUUAGUGCAGGGUUGGACCCGGGGUUGUUCAGAGCUCCAUGGAUUAACCAUCAGGCACGAGUUCAGGCCUUCAAAUUCCAGCCAGCCCCAGCCUCAUGACCCUCACUCUGGAAAGGCUCACGUCAAGGGGCAGGCCUACUCUAGAAAGCAUGCUGAAGGCUGAGCAUCCGUACUGAACAAGACAUGCCAGCUUCAGUCUUCCGGUGGGAAGAAACAAAAGGUGGGAGGUCAGGAUUACUAAAGUCAUGCCUUCGGGAAACUCCAGUUUAUGAACUAGAUUGUGGGGGAUUUGCUCCCAACUUUUUUCUUUUUCUUUUUAAAAAGCAGUUUUCUUCUAAUCUUGUCCAGACUUUCAAAUCAAGUGUGGACAUGGUGGAAAGAACAUUCAUACUGCUCCACUGUGGGGAAACAUUCCAGUCAAGGAGAACGUGCCCAUCCUGCUGGGAUGCUCACUUACAAAUCACGUUCAUGGACAAGAGGGCUGUGCACAUGCAACAGAUGUGUGUGUGCGCGCAUAUGUGUAUACGUGUGUUUGUCCCCUCAAGUGUACUUUGCACUUCAGUGUCAAUGUUCAGAACUUCCAGAAGCUGGAAGAAAGAACCUUUUCUUCUCUAUGACUCUGCUGAAAACACCAUGUGCCGCCUCUGAGCUUUUUCUAGUCCAAUGAGCCUCAGUCCUCAGUGAUGCGCUUGUGUGUUGAAGCCACAGCCCAGCGCAUCCCCUGCCUGUGGCCCCAGUGCCACCUCCGUCCCAGUGCAAUGUUGGGGAGGGCUGGGCUCGCACCUGAGCCUUGGCCUCCUCACACUCAGCCUUCCUAAGCUGGCCUCAUGACCUGCUGGGCCUCUUCAGAGCAUGUCAUUGUCAGUAAGGCAUCUUCAUUCUGUGGAACUCAAACCUAUCCAUGUCAUAUUGACCUUUUGCUGCAUGAGUCAUAAAUUAUGAAAUCAGUCAAACAGUUUUUGAGAUGUAGCCAGCUUUUCGUAAGGCUAAACCUUUUUCAUGAACUUAAUUUAGGUGAGUAACCAAACCACAGGCCCUCCUCAAAAUGAGAGAUGGUAGACAUUGAAUCUCUUUGCCCUUUCUAAUGGCGAUGGCAUCAGGUCCUAAAAUAAGCUCACAAUUUUUCUGUUAUUUUAAUAAUAUGGAAAUAUUAGCAUAGUAUUUCUUUUGAUAGUGAUAGACUGAUCAUAUUUAAAUUUUAUAGAGAAGAAAUUUUAUUGUACUGUGAUGUAGAUAUUUAUUAUCCAGGUGAGGAUUUGCCCGGUGUGUAUUUUUUACAAUUUAAACAUUUUACUUUUAAAAAAGACAUUAAAAACAUACAUACAAAAAAAAAAAAAAAAGACUAGGGAGAAAAAAAAAAGGUUUGGCCUUAUCACAGAAUUUUUACUGUGUUGUAUAAAUGUUUGCAAAUGAAAAAAGUACACAUUUCUAGUGUGUCUCCACAUUAAUUAAUGCCGCCUUCAGGAGCUAUCGUGCAGGUAAACACUAUUUGUGGCUUUUUGUUGCCCAGCUCAAGCUGACCCACCUUAUGCACAAGACAAUCAAAUGUGUGAGUCUUUCCUCUGAGGAUGCAGACGACACUCAACCGAGCACAAUAUGAAACAAAGGAAGGGCUGUAGGCAUGCUGAGGUGAUGCGCCGGGCUGCUGGUCGGGAGAUGAUCAGGGCGCGUGUGCACUAACGUGGCCUUAUGCCGCUUCCUCCCUUCGGUUGUUCCUUGUGACCUUGGCAUCUUUCACUUGACAUCACAUAGCCAAAGUAGUUCUCUGUGUCUCUUCAGAGAAGACCAUUCUUUUUUCCAUAAUUUUUUCAUGCCCUGAGAAUCAGAAGAAAAAAAUAAAAACAAAACAAAAAAGGUAUGAAUGGAAUAGGGAGGUUUACAGUCAAUGGAAGAUCUGUAUUUUGAAAACAGUGUUAAGUGAUAUUGCUAUUGCUAGAUUGGUAAUAUUUUUUUCAGCCUAAAUUUGUUGGAAUCUGUGAUCAAAAUGUUUUAAACUAUCCAAAAAGAAAAUUUGUAUAUUUGGGAAAAUGGAUUUUUACAUAGCUUUUGUAUGCAGAUAUUAAAUUGUAAUUAUGAAUAUAGUGGGCGUAGAUACUCAUAAGCUUAAAUUCUAAAAAGGAAAAAAAGAAAAAGCUUACAAUGGA